CUUGGAUCAGAUCUUCCAAGCCCCAAACGAUGGCAUAUAUAACGCCCCAGCAAGCAUAUUAUACCAUUUAAUCGACCGAGCUCGAUCUGUUUGCCUCUUUACAACCGUAACACCCCUCAAACUCCGGGCAAAAACAGACACAACACACUGAUCCGUCAGCUUUGCAUUACCCGUGAUCCGGUCCUCUACGUUUUUAUUUCCUUCGUCCAUUGCUAAACUCAGGAAUUCCUGCUCUUGGUGGUUUAAUCCAACGUCCUCGAUUGACUGCUCUAACUUGUUGGACUUUCUAUUGCAUUUUAGGUACAUAUAUUCCGUUGGAAAGCCCGUCUGAAACACUGGUAUUCGUUCUGGAUCUUUCAUCACCGUUUACCUAACGUCAUUCCUGCUUUCCCACCAUCCAACAUAUUUUGCAUCCUUUACCAUUCUCCAUACAAUGCCCACCGACAAGCUACUCCUGAGUGAACACCUCCAGGCGGUUUCCCGCGAGUUUCACAACGUGCAACGCUGGGAACGGAAUAAUCUGUUGCAGAACAUUUCCACCCUCAGCUUGGUCGAAGACGCCGAGGCGUACUUGGAAGAAGCCCUACGGACCCCCAAAAUUGUUUCAAAGGGUGCGCAGCUGAGCUCCACCCUCUAUAUCAAGGCGUUUUUGAUUGUUGCGUAUAUGGUGCCCCAAAAGGUUAUUCUGAGACACAAUGUCCCAGCCUUAGAAGCGUUUGCACGGUUCCACCAGAACAACCCUGAAGAUUACUACCUUGUAGGCCAAGUGCUAUCGCUUUUGAAGAGCGCCCCGCAGUUUCAUGAUCUCAGGGGCCACAUCUUCUACUACUUGGUGGACUACAAAAAAGUCUUUGAGGGCAAAUUCGACUUGUUUAGCACGCUCCGGACAUUUGUUGAGGAUUUCUACACGUCCAUGGGCCAAGGCGACGAUGCUCAGAUGGUUAAGUCAGAUACGCUCCACAAGAGUCCCGUGAUGGCUAAUUUUAGCCAAUGGUCGAAAGAUGACCAUCCCAACACUGAAGAAACCAACGACACCGUUGCCUAUACCGCCGCACAAAAUUGGCGUAUACCUGAAACAGAGGAUCAAUUACAAGCCGAUGAUGUCUCAAGCUAUGCGAACAACCUAGAAGGGUACAAUGAAGGUGCUUAUGUGGCAGCUCCCCCGCGGCAUUUUCCACGCCAGUCUUCAGAGGAGUUUCAGUCAGAUACCGCUCCACCUCAUUCCGAAGAUGAUCCUGACGCACGGCUGUACCAACAGCCUGAAACCCCAUACACCAACGAAAAUUCCCAGCCUAGUUCCGCUUCUUCUGAAAGCUACAUCUGGGUUGCGCCCACGCACUUCAAAUCUUCUGAACAGUUGCGAUGCAUUAUUGAACAAGAUAAUGACCUGGAUAAGCCCGCCACUCAUAAAGUGGUUGAUGUUGGAGCUCAGUUUGACCGGCUAGAAUUGACGGACCCUGUCACACGUGGUACUCAGGAGGCCACUGAUUUGACGAACGAAGAUGAGGAUGAUACUAACGAUCGGAACAUGGUCCGCCUCGAUAAUUCUGACACAUUCUCGGCAGUCCCUGAUUCAUCAGAUAGAUAUGCCAAGGCAACAGAUGAAAGAGGUUACUUUCUGAGUCACCAGCCGGAAGGGUAUGCUAUCGGCUCCAAGAGUGAAACUAACUUUCAUCACCGCGACAUUUCCGAGGAGCGAGGAAGCCAGCCUGAGAUUUCUCCUCCGCCAGACUUCCCGCCUAUCGAUUGCAAGACCCUUUCUCUUUUUAUCCUAUCCUACGACCGGAAACUUCUCAUUAUCGAUAUCCGACCACAACCAGUUUUUUCCCACAACAACACUUCCCAUAUUGUCCGGGCAACCCACGUUAUCAACAUAGACCCAAAUUUGAUCCGUCUCGCAGGAACUGAUGCUGAACUAGAGGUGCUCUUGCAGCGCAACUGCGUGGAUCUGCUCCACUCCCAGUACUUUAGCAACCGCAGCUUGUUUGACCGCCUUAUGGUUUACGACGAGGGACGGAACGAUGUAAGCAGUAUUGCUACGAUAGCAAAGUUCUGGAACUUGAUGAAGCCUGGUAACCAAACUAAGCCGUUGAAACACUCGCCGCGGCUCUUGACUGGUGGGUACCAAGCGUGGAUGGCGUUUUGUGCCAAAAGCCAAACUCCAGCCGCUCAGGUGUACGGCCCUAGAUCCCAACCGGUAUCGGUCGAUUCUGGAGCUCAACCCCAACCAGUCGAUCAAAGGUUUCAACUGUAUGGCCCCAGAUUUCAGGGACAACCACCAUACUCUUCCCUGAGCUCCCAAACUCACUUACAGACGCAACCCUCGAAUUCUCCAGCCAUGCCUCGAGCGAAUCCUGUCCAGUACCAACCGGUUUAUGAUAGAGCUUCAUUACCCACGCCAUACGCUCCAGUUCCUUAUCCCUCCCCUCCGUACCCAAUCUACAACACGUAUAUUCCCUCGCAGUCUCCGCCGCCCAUGGCCCCUUACAUGCCCUUAUUCCUGUCUCCAGGCCUAGUUCCAGGGGUACAUACCUACAUCCAAGCGGAACCACAGGCUGUGCAGGUGGCAUAUCAACGAAAUGCAUCACAAGUUGCACCACAGCCUUACCAGCUGGUGCCCCAACGGGGUACCCAGGAACGCCAGAUGCACCCGUCCCAGAAGACGCGUCCCGUAUCAGGGCCACCGCCACAACAGCGCCCGCCACAGGUGAAUACCCCCUAUGUCAGCAUGUGUAUCUGUGGAAUCCGAAACUAUGGUUGCACUUGUUACAUCAACAGCAUGCUUCAAUGCUUGUUUGCGCUGACGGCCUUCUCGUCUCUUUUUGAGGACUCGCAGUAUAAGUCGUUCUUAAAGAGCCAGCAGUACAAGGAGACGCUUUCCCACGCAUUCUUUAACCUCAUGCGCAGCAUUCACGACCAUGGGGGCUGCUCCAUCGCACCGUCGAGGUUCCUCAGGGUCUGCGCCGCGGCCAGAAGAGACUUUAAUAUUCCGUAUGAACAGCAGGACACCCAGGAGUUUCUCAUGUUCUUAUUAGAUACACUCCACGGUGAGCUCUCUGGGAACAACGAAGCUGUCUCUCAAAUAGCCCCAGACAGAGCUGUGUGGGUCAAGCCCUCUUCAGACCAGGCCAUCGCAAACAUAGAGACUUCCCAGAAGGCUUACGCCAAGUUUCAGACGGAGCUCACGUCCCUGGGUCUUUCUCCCGUCUCUGCAUUGUUCCAGGGCCAGAUCGAAAGCAAGUUGAAAUGCAACAAGUGCGGCUUUGAAUCUCCAACUUUCAACGUAUUCAAUACGUUGACGCUUCCUAUCCCAAAGAACCACUCCAAGAAGGUUAGGUUAGAAGACUGUCUUGAUUUGUACUCGCGGGAUGAGCUUAUGGAGGGCGACAACGCGUGGUCGUGUCCGAAAUGUCAUGACCCGAACGAAGAAGCAAAGGCAAAGCGUGCGAGUGGGUUCCGAUUCGCCCGCAAGAAGCUGGUCAAACACCAUAAGAUCACCUCUGUCAAAUCGCUAUCCUUCCUCUCUUUGCCAAGGUAUCUCGUCGUGCACUUGUCACGAUUUGAGUCUGGGAGCAGCAACGUGGAUAAAUUGAACACCGUUGUGAGCUACCCCCUUGUAUUGCAGAUGAAGGUGGGGGCCGGAAGCACCCAGCGAAUCGAAACCUACAAAUUGUACGCGUUGGUAAAUCACUAUGGGAGCUUGAAGUCAGGACAUUACACGUCUUUGAUCAACAAGCUGUCCAGUCAUGACUUGCACAAUCCAUACUGGUGUUACUUCGACGACGAGAAUGUCAAGGUUGGAGUGAUUCAUGGGGACGCUCGGAACGGAGCCAUGUCUGUGAAAAGCGCGGACGUCUAUGUGUUGUUUUACGAGAAAGUUGACGAGGGGUGAUGGCUGUUCUGAUUGGUGUUAUGUUGCAGUGUCUAGUUUCUCUUUUAUGCAUAUUUCUAAACCAUUCUAUUUUGAUUUUUGGUAGAGAUGAAUACGAGUUAGUGUUACUGUUUAGGGUGUUGGGAAUUUCUCAUGAAAUGACUUCGGGUAUAA